GGGGACACCGCAGGGACGAGUUACCUUUUGUCCCCAGGCCCUGUAAUAACCCUGCCUAGUUGCUUUCAAAUCCGAAAGAAUGUUUCGUUUUGAAAGAUAAAGCCAGUGAGCAUCCCUCCCGUGCUCCCAGGCAAUACUCACAGGCUUGGCAGAGGAAAGAUGGGAAAUCCUGGCUAGCCUGCCACCCUGUGGCUGGACCCCAGAGCUACAUCAUGGGGGAGGGGCUCAGAAUGUUUACUGUUCCCGUGGCAAUGGCAGCCUUGGCUGCAGUUGGUGACAAGAGGCUCGAUGGCUAAGGAUCAGGAACCUGACUUUUACCUCAAGUGGAAGCACUGUGAGACCUAUGGCGUCAAGACUCUAUGCAACCUGAGGGAGCUCCUGACCCGACUCCACAAGGACCACAGGGAUGAUAUCUAUGUCUAUACCUCUGGACACCUGAACCCUGACAAGCUUUACAGGCCUUCCAAGACCAUCACUGAGCACUGGCACAAUGCCAACAGGCCAAGGGAGCCGCGAAUCUUCCCGCCCUCUGUGUCCAGAGACAAGCAGACAGCAGAGAUGAGGGACGCGUGGGCUUACUUCACGAUCAACACAGCCCUGCGUCCCGACGACAGCCACAACACAAGGCUGUUCAGGUAUUUGAACCCACGGAUGGUCACUUCCCAUGUUUCCAAAGAGGGUGUCACCUCGAAGAUCCCGCAGGAGGAGGAGGAGGAGGAAGUAAGGGAAAGACGAGUGCUUUCUCGGGAAAGACACAGGAAGGAAGAGCUCAGGCUGCCCGAGAUGAAAGUGCUCAGGUACCCCGAGAUACCCUCCAGCCGCCAGUGCGCCAGGGCUGCCUCGGGCAGGGAUGUGUAUCGGUACGUCAGCUCCUACUUAGCUGGUAUAACAAAGGCGGACAGAUACAACAAGUUCCUGAGUUUCCAAAAAGAAGUGCUGGCAAAGGAAGGCAUCCCGAAGAGUGAUUUCACGGGGAGCAAGGUGGCUGAGAACCAUGAGAAGAAACUGAAGGAGGAACUCCAGAAGAUAUGCACCUGCAACCCUCAGCAGUUCAACAGGCUGCAGGUCUUUGGGGAGGUCUUUGAGGAUGUUUGCAACAGCUCUAUGAUCUUCGGGGACCUCCUGAAAGAGGUCAAGGAUGAAUAUGAACUCUACAUGGCAGCUCUUCUGGACUCCCAGCCCACAGCACAGUAUAAGCGGCUCCUGGCUGAAGUCAAGGGGUUGGAGAAGAGCCCUGUGCACAGCACAGACAUUGACCAGGCCAAGGAGCGGCUGAGGAAGCUCGAGCAAGCUGCUCUGGAAGCCCUGGCGCAAAAUGACAAACUCAGAAAUGAACUGGAGGCAGAGAGACUGUUACUGCAGUCUGCUAAGGAAAACUCAGAAGCUUCUGCUAGAAACAUAAACAAUGAGGACCAACUCACCCUGAUUGAGAAAGUUGAGAAGAGGAGAUGCGAAAUCCUUGAAAAAUGGGAUGAAAUGAAUGCGCUUGAAAAACACAUCAAAGAAACAUUGGUGCAUUCCAAAGUGAUGGAUAUCACCGAGAAUGGGAUUAAAAGUGUAGAGAAUGAAGCUUUGAAGUUGGAAACAACAAACAAAAUCUUAAGGAAGAAAAUAAAAGUUAUUGAAAACCAGGUCAAGCAGCUCAUAAAAAAGAGUAAGAUCGGCGACACAGAGAGGCAGGUUCUGUGGGAUCUCAUUAAAGAAUAUGCAGAGUUACAAGAUGUUGAAGAUGACUCUUGAAUAUUUGGGAAGUGACAUAGGAGGUCUCCACCUCCGAGUCCGCUGCCUGGACAGGUCAAUGAGGAUGUUUCUUUUAGUCAGUGUUCACACUAAUAACGUCAGCGUGUUAACAGGCACACACUCCCUGUGAUUCCUUUAAUCUCUUUAUUUGAUGUACUGGCCCUUAGUUCAUCUUUUAUCAGUAACUUUCAACUGGACAGAACACUUUUGAAUAUUUAGUAAGAAUGAAGAUGUAACCUGCUGUGAUAUAGACCAGCCCCACGUAAAUGUGGACGUGUUUCCAUAUGUGCAUUUAAUACAAUAAACACCACACCCUUGCUGGUUACGUGCUUAUUCCCGUGGCCAAAAGACCUGGCAAAGAGCUGAAGGGAGCAGUGUGUUCGGCCUCAUGAUCUCAGGGGUUUCACUCCUUCACAGUCGGGCAGCUCGAUUUGCCACAGAAGGAGCAUGUGACGGAGAUAAUUUCCACCAGUGCUGACCAGGAAGCAGAGAGCAUGAUGGAAAUGAAGAGCCAUGUACAACCAUCAGCAGCCCAUGGAGAUAUAUAUUAUUUCUAGUGGUCUACUUCUGCCAGCGUCUAUCCACAGCCAGGAAGGUCCCAUAGCCUCCUCCAAACAUUGGCCACCACCUGGGGACAAGUGCCUCAAACAGGAGCUUGUGGGGGCGUUUCAGAUUUAAAUGGUAGUAACAGUAGUGCCCGAAUAAAUACCCAUUUAACUAA